AUGGCUGAUAACAAUACGGAUAAUACAGCAGUUGAGAAGGCAACGUCAACAACGAAAUCUCAUGAAAAAACUAGUGAGGAUAAAUCACGUCAUCGUAAACGGCAUGAUCGAUCACGGUCAUCAUCAGUAAAACGACAUCGACAUAAACGAUCACGAUCACGAUCUCGAUCUCGUCAUCAUCGACAAAAACGACAUCGACAUAGUCGAUCACAUUCACCACGACGAAAAAGAUCAAGAUCCAGAUCUAGAUCUAGAAAACGAUCACCUCGAAGACGAUCUAGUCCAGUACAAAAUCGAAAUAUACAUGCUGAAUCACGAGUAACUGAAGAAGAUAGAAAACGUAAUCAAUUGGAAACAUUACAAAAAUUAAGAGAUAUGGCAGCAAAUGAUACAUUAGAUUUAUCACUUUUAACUAUUGAUGAUUUGAAAAAAGCAAUCGAUGUACCAAAAGAAUUACGAUCAAAUCAACAAGCUACGAUGAUGCAUCAAAUGGAAGAAAUUCGAAAACUAGUUGAAGAAUUAUCUGGUAUAUCCAUUCCAAAAACACACAGUACUGGUAAUCCACUACAAUAUGCUCAACAACAACGUAAACGUAAAUUACUUUGGUCAAAAACAAAUGAUAAGACAUCAACAAGUAAAGUUGGUGCAGCAAUAACAGAUGGACAAGAUGAAAAAACAGCAGAAAAAUUUCGAAAAUUAUUAGGAAUGAAAGCUGGCGGAAAUACCAUAAAUGAUACAACAGAAACAGAUGCUAUUCAUCAACAACAACAGAAUACAUUUGAUUCACUCGAUAAAGAAUAUCAAACAGCUCGAAUAACCACACAUUUACGACGUGGUGUUGGACUUGGAUUUAUGUCACAAGGACCUUUUGUACCUUCAUCAACAGAAAAAAAUUAA